AACUUUUCAGUUGAAUCAAGCUAGACCCAGUAAAUGUCGGUUGCUACUGCUGACGCGUGGCGAACACAUUUCUCUGAGAUAUUUAUUUGAAAAAUGAAAACAUUCAGUUCGAUAGUUGGCAAGAGAGCAGUCACUUUCGGAAAAGAUGCUAAACUGCUGAUCCGAAAAUGAAUUCUUCUGGUGUUGCCGGAAUUCUACAGUUCACCGGCUACGACUAUGGAACAUCUAUUGCUCUACUAACAUUUUCCGCUCUAAUCGGAGUUUAUUAUGGAUUCAUCGCCAAACAAAAGCAGAAUAAUCCAAACGAGUACCUACUCGGCGGCAAAUCUAUCGGUCUAUUUCCAAUAUCGAUAUCGUUAAUUGUGUGGCAAAUUUCGGGAAUGACACUUUUGGGCUUACCGGUUGAGGUCUAUACGAAUGGCACACAACAGUGGGCAUCGAUUAUAUCCGUGAUUGGGGUUGGCUUAGCAUUGAAAUAUGUUUAUUUACCGGUUUUCUAUGAUCUUCAAUGCGCCACAUGCUUCACGUAUCUGGAAUUGAGAUUCGAUAAGCAGGUGAAAAAUUUCGUCAGCCUUUUGUAUACCAUUUCGAUGCUAUUGUUCAUUCCAACGGUCAUCUAUAUUCCAGCUAUCGCGUUCAAUCAAGUAUCCGGCAUCAAUCUCUAUGUAAUAUUAGUGGUUACAUGUCUCGUUUGCAUCUUUUACACGACGGUCGGUGGAUUAAAAGCUGUUGUCUGGACGGACGCCAUACAGUUUUUCAUGAUGCUAGCAGCCGUACUAUCCAUCAUAUUCGUCGCGGGCAGUUACAUGGAGGGAUUCGCAGAUGUGUGGCGUGCGGCGGAUCGUGGUAAACGAGUUAUCUUUUUCGAUAUAAAUCCAAGCCCCUUUCAACGCCUAUCCUUCUGGAGCGUAACUAUCGGACUGACUUUUCAAAUGAUAGCCAGCAUUUGCAUUUCACCGACGGUAGUUCAGCGUUGUGUUUCGCUUCCGGAUUAUGGCAAAGUGAUGAAGUCACUUGUCAUAUUCCUGAUCGGAAUCACAUUCUUUAACAUUUGCGCUCACAUCACCGGUUUGCAAAUGUAUGCGAGAUAUGAAACGUGCGAUCCAUUUUCGGCUGGAUAUACGAAGAAAAUCGAUCAAGUCCUGCCGUAUUUUGUUAUGGAUGUUGGUGGUUCAGUUCCUGGCCUAGCAGGACUUUUCAUAUCCGGCAUAUUUGCGGCCGCAAUGUCAACAAUGUCAUCAAGUUUGAAUACUCUUUCCGGCACGAUAUACGAGGACUUUCUAAAAAGCCAUUUUGUGGGUGCUUCCGACGAAAAGACCAGCAACAUAAUGAAAUUGAUUGUCGUCAUAUUGGGAUUGAUUCUAAUUGCCCUGGUGGUUGUGGUGGAUAAGUUGGGUCCGAUUUACGAAUUGUCAUUGACUUUAUCGUCGGUGACAAAUGGUGCAAUGUUAGGCAUAUUUACAAUGGGUAUGGUCUGUCGAUCCGCCAACACUAAAGGGGUCAUAGCUGGAGCAAUGGUGUCAGUUUCUGUUGUUGGAGUAGCAAUUAUCGGUGCUCAAAGUUCGAAAUUAGAUGCAAUGUUGCCGAUGCGAGUUGAUGGAUGUAAUUGGACCGACAGUGAUGUGUUAAAUUCGACUCGAAAUACCCACACAACUUCUACCAUUCCGGGCACAAACGACUCUGAGGAACCAUUCUGGUUGUUUGAAAUAAGCUUUAUGUACUACGCUUUCAUUGGCUUUGUUUUAGUGUUUAUUGUAGGAUAUCCGAUAAGUCUGAUGACCGGUAAGGCUAAACGCUUCGACGAAAUUUUACUUCUUCCAUACAAGCGUAUUGGAACUGAAUACCAUCGUUUGUAAGUGGAAAUUAUGAAAUAGAGACUCAGACGAUUUUAUAUCAAUAAAAUAAGAAAAUUAAGACCAACGGUAACACAUCACACGUCUAUUCCGGACAUUUUGAUUUACUGAUGAAUUGUAUUUUUCGAUGGAUUGCAACUCGUGAGGAGUUACAGUUCAGAUC